AUGGGAUCUGACACCCUGAUUCCCUGUAUGUUCACAGUGGAAGAACCUCCUGUGGAUCCCAAAUUAUUUGCAGUAUUUUGGUACUUUCAGGGAAAGGAGAUUUUGAACUAUAAUAAUAUUGUGACAUCCAACAAUCCUGCAUUUUCUAUAGAUACAGCCAGAGCACUGACUGGGGACGCCUCUCUGUCUAUUUCUGGAGUAAGAGUAUCUGAUGGUGGAAUCUAUAAUUGUUCGAUACUUUACAGUCCAGAAAGGAAGGAGAAGGAAGUCAGCUUGUUUGUUCAAGGUAAGAAGACAGAUAUUAUUUAUGUCAUUCAAAAUAUAUCACAGUUAGACUUAUGGGGAUUUUUAAAAUAAAAACAUCAGCUUUAUUUGUCAUGAAUACAGUCAGUUGAGAGAAGCAAUUGAGAAUAGUUAAAUGAAGGUAAAUAGUCAACAUCUGAUGGUGUGGACCUUCAAGGAAGAGGUCCUAUUGUUCCAUUCUGGUGUCCUCUAUCCAACGGUAAGUAAUUCUAUUUAUUCCUCUAAAUUACCUUAUAAGUUAUUUCUCUUUCAAACCCCAAACCUUAGAUGCAUAUCUGACUGUGGUCCUAGGAAUACAGCAUUUCAAAGCCCCCUACCCAACUAACAAUAUACCAAAACUUUGUAUUGUCAUUUAGAAGUUCAUCGAUUGUGUUCCAUGGAAACUCCAAAAGGAAAAUAACUUAUGUUAGUUAUUGUCAUCCAUUAACAUCACUCAAAAUCAAACGCAUCUAAAAUUUAGGAAUUUUUACAAAAGGAAGAAAAGCUCCCAAUUCUUGCUCAAAUGAAUUUGGGAUGGGGUAUGCCAAUAAUAUACAUCAUGCAUUGGUAAGAUAUCACUGAUAUGGAGAAGAAUUGCUCUGGUUUACUUGAGGGUGGUAAGUACUGGCUACAUUUGGCAUGAGGGGCAAAUACAAUUAGCCUAAUUUAAGACAAAACCUGUAACUCCCACCCCCCUUUGUAAAUGUAUAAUGACAGUUGUAUAAUACUAGAAUACAUUAUUAUCUAAACAAUACACUUACAUAGUAUACUUUAUUGUAGUGCUGUGAGGCAGCAUCCCCACGAUUCUAGAGGCCUGGGUUUCAAUUGCCCCCUUGCCAGUUCUCCUCUGCCUACAGGUGUUAUUAAGCAGACCCGAGUGCUCUCAGAGACACACUUGUGUUGUCUUUUUAAGAGAUAUUUUCUGGCAUGCCUGAGAAGACAUCUCAAAGAUAUACUAAAGUGUGAUAUAAUUAUACAAAAUGUAAAGUGUAUUAAAUCAAGAAGGUUAGAAGUUAGAUUGCCAGGUGUAGAAUUUAUUACUAGAAAAAAAUAAUUAUACAAAUAUACAAUGGCAAUAGAGUAAGAAGGCUCACUAAGGUUAGAAGAAGCUAUGAGAGGUCAAGUUUAGUGAGAUGUAGACUAUGUAAGGGAAUAAAUUAUCCUUGAUCUUAUUGUAUUCCAUUCCAGCUCCUCCGGAGAUCACUAUCACAGGGAGAUUGGCGGUUAUAAAUAAGGAGAGUAUUCUGAGCAGCUCCAUCACCGGAUUCUACCCUGUGGACAUCGACAUUAAAUGGUUCAGGGAAGGGGAAACCCUCAAUAAUUAUACUGUAUCCACACCCCAGAAGAACCAACGUGGCACGUUCAGUGUAAACACUACUGUAACCAUAAUACCCACUGAGGAGGACAAAACCCGGACCUUCUCCUUCAGGGUCCAGCAUGAGUCUCUCUCUGGACCUCGCUACAAAUACUUCCCGCUGGAAUAUAAAAGUAUAGGUAACUAUAGUAACAAGAGUUGAAAAGGACUCAAGUCCAUCAAGUUCCACAAGUCUGCAUUUAGUCUCUAUUUAUUAAUAGGUAUAUUUUAUAUUGACUACUAAAUGAUUACAAAAUAAUUUUUUCAGCAUAUUUUAUUUAUAAAUUUCUAAUUAAAUUUAGAGUACUAUUUUAGUACAUAGCAAGGUAUUGUAAGUGAAUAAAAGAAAACUGUAAAAUGAGAUAAAAUGUGAAAGCACAGCUCUGUACAUUUUUUGUCAUGAAGGAGAGUCAGAACUCCACAAGAUUUUUAAUAUUAUGUUCAUUCCAUAUAUUUUACAAAUAUAUAUUUUAUACGGUUUAAAAACUCUGUCAGGAGUGCCUCCAUCUUGGCUCACUGUAAAUCAUUGUUAGAAAUGCUAUCUCUUACACAUGGCAGUCCGCAGGGGGAAGUUAUAGAGAGAGGGAGAAACAAUUUUUAUUUUUAUCCUCAAACAUUUCAAUGUGUGCCUUGGCGGUGCCAGGACUGAACUAGAUUGAGAUGGCAAUUGCUAAAUCUUUAAUAUACAUAUAAAAAAAAUGUAGCAAAAAGUCCACGCCACAGAUCACAAGUAUGAAGGUGUGUGGGAACGUACGCUGCCUAGAGUAAACAUCCUGAUCAGUGGGGGGCCAUCGCAUGAUAUGCCAGCCUAGACCUGGUCACCAAACAAAACCUAGCUGAAUAUUUAUUCUUUAUUUCCAUCUCUAUAUAAGUUUAUACAAAUAAAAAUAUCACACUUUCCUACAGGUAAAACGAACACAAUGUUAAUAUGUGUUGCUGUUGGUGUCACUGUGUCGCUGAUCCUGGUAUCUGUAGCGGGUAUAUUCGUAUAUCGCAAAUGCAGGAUGCACAGUAAGUACACAUUGAGUCUCUAUUCAUUCUAAAUACUAAAACAUUUAUUUUUUACCUAUUUUGCAUUUAAAUGUAAUUAUUUAAUCAGUGUAUUUCAUUAUUAAUUGAAGCAAAUGCUUUUUUUUUGUAUGAAAAAUACAUAAAAACGUUUGAGAUUAAUACCAUAAAACGGAAAUAAACCUUUAAUAAGUUGGGUCUAGCGAAUCUGUUACUUUGUAACCAGGCUAAAAACAUCCCUUCCUACAUAGAAAGUCAAUGGAAAGGACAAUGUGGAGUCAGGCAAAAAUCAUCACAAUCAGCUCUUUUUAUCUGCUAUUUUCAUUUGUUUUUAUAGGGCAAACUAACAAAAACAAUCCUUCUUCGGACGUAAAGACGCUCGUAAUAGGUAAGGUGUAACUAAUAUACUUAUUGCAUAAUUCAUAUGGCCAUUUCGCCUUUCUUAUUUAAUUUAUAAUGUUAUUUUUUUUUAAAUUAAUUUUGAAAGUUUGACAACUUAGUAAUAAAACGCAUAGUGGAAGUGAUCAAAUGUGAUGUAAAUGAAAAGUAACAAUGAAAAAAAGAGCGAUUCUGAUAUCCAGUAUUUUAACACAAAAAAAUGGAGGGGAAGGGAAAAAAAACAUAGAAAUAAAUUGAAAUAGAUACACUUCUACUUUUUUAAAUCCUGUAUCACUGAUCUUCAGUAUUCAAAUACUCUUUUAGAUAUAUAUAUAUAUAUAUAUAUAUAUAUAUAUAUAUAUAUAUAUAUAUAUAUAAAAUGAGAGAGAGACUCUGCACGUCAGGCUCCUAAAAGCUAAUUUCCUGCUCUGGCAGUGUCUCCCCCCCCGCACAGACCCUGGUGUGCUCAGCACUGUGCUUCAACACAAUACUGAGCCUGCCGUUUCCACAUUAUUGGUGCUUUAAUAAUCUAUUCAUACUUUUGUGCAUUGGGACAAAAUUUGUAGUAAGAAAUCUGUUAUAUAUGUUUUGAUUAUUUAAAUAGAAUUUUUCUUGAACACAAUUGCAGGAUCUCGCCCACAUGUUGAAGAAAUAAUAGUAUCCAAUCAAUUACCUUGGUCCCAGAAGGUGAAGCUGGAGUGCAAGAUCUCGCAAUACGAUAACCCGCAUAGUCUGACUGUGACCUGGUAUAAACAGGAGCGAGGGGAUCUCCAAGCAGUUACAUUAAAUCCCAGUGAGAUUUAUGAUAUCCCGGACCUCAGACAUGAGAUACAGGAGGAUAACACGUACAGCUGUACAGCAUGUCUGAUUAUCAGCCAAUCACUGAGCUCAGAGCAACCGAUAGAAUUCAUCUGCAGAGUGGAACAUGCCAGCCUGGAGCAACCAAUAGAGAGACGGAUUGAAUAUGUGAAAGGUGAGUCCAUUGGUACUCAGACUGUGUAUUAUAUAUUGAUUUAUUGUUUUAUAUCAGUUGUGAGUAGGUAAGUUAUAAAUACAUUGAACUAAAUUGGUGUCUAUUGUGUUCAGAUGUCAAAGUAAUAUCCAGGGACUAUUGUAAAUUAAUAAAUGCAGAUAUUAAUCAAUCGGAGAGCUUUAUCAAAAGUAAUCUGAAAAGUGUCCUUUACUCUUGGUCUGUAACCUGUUCAUAUUUAUUAAACUGUUGAUUCUUCUCAGAAAAGAACACCAAAUUUAAAAUGAUUUAUAAAGAGACAAAUAAUAUUAUGGCAUGAUUGACAUUCACAUGAUAAAGGAUUCGUUUUGUCUCUUGAUUUAUCAAUGGUAUAACUCGCUCACACCAAUGAUCAAUUAAAUACAUAAUGGGAGUCUCUAGUACCCUUAUAACCAGAUUUAUUAUCAGACCAUCUUAGAAAAACAAUAGCCGGAAAACAAUUGGAGAGUCCCCAGUGGAGAUCAAUAUACUUUUCGAUGAUUUUAAAAGAUAAUUUAAGACACCUGUAGAAGCCAGGAAUUGAAGAGAAUGGGAAAGUGAGAAGCUACAGUGGACAGACGGUGUAAACCAUAUAUGACAUUAAUUAACUCAUUACUAUAUAUUUUAUUUUACUGAAGAAAGAUUAGUGAGAUAUUUUUGGUACACUUGUUUAGAGUGGACUAAACCAACAGAAAUAAUAAUUUGAUAAUUGAAAUUACAUUUUGUUUGAAUUCAAUUUUAGAGCUUUUCAUAGAAGUGGAAGAAAUAAUUGUACAAGAUAAAUUAUUUUGGAACAAGACGGCCAAGCUGCAGUGUAAAAUCUCUCGAUUGUACUCUGAGGAUCUGACUGUGACCUGGCUUAAACAGGAGAGUGGAAACGGGAGACAAGAAACUUUAUAUUCCCACCGAAACUACCAGAUCCCGAAUAUCAUAUAUGAGAAGCAGCCAGAUGGCAGAUACAGCUGUACAGCAUGUCUAGACUUUACUCCAUCAAAGGGCUCUGAGCAAAGAAUAGAAUUCAUCUGCAGAGUGGGACAUCCAAGCCUGGAGCUGCCAAUAGAGAGAAGGACUGGGCCAUUAGAAGUGAAGGGUGAGCCCAUCAGUAUUCCGAAUGUGUUUUACAAAUUCUGGAGUUAAAAAGAAAUGCUGCACUUGGUUAUUUCAUUUAUAAUUUCAUUCCCCUCAUUUUUUGCUUACACCAGUGAGCAGGUCUAAAAAAAAUGGAAUACAAUAUUUAUGUUCUCUACAUCCAUAGGCACAUUAACUAUACAACGUGUUUCUCUGUAUUGUGCUGAGAUGUUAAAUUCAUACUCAUUUCUAUAUCUUCUUAUUUUACUAUAUUUUUUGUAUCUUUAUCCCCCUCUUCCUGUAUCUUUAUCCCCCUUGCUAUAUAUUUAUUCCAGACAUAUCUUUCUUUUAUCCAUCCCAUCUCUUCAUCUCCUAAUUGUCUCUUCAUCUCCCUUGCAUGCCUAUUUACCGCCUUUCACCUCUCCACCUACUUCAUUGUUUUACUCAUCUCUUCUCUAUCUCUUCCUUCCCUACUCAUAUCUUUACCUCUCUGUCUCUUUAUUUCCCCCUCUCUGUCUCUUUAUCUCCCCCUCCCCGUCUCUUUACUCUCUCUCUUCUGGCUCUUCAACUCACUCGCAUAUCUCUUUAUCUUCUCUCUUCCUUUCCAUUAAGCCCAUCUGUCUCUUCAUCUCUACCUUUCUCUUUAUCUACCUUUCAGUCUUAUUAUCUCCACUUGCUUGUCUCUUCAUCUCAUCCUGUCUAUAUCUUUAUCUCCUCCUAUUUAAAUCUUUGUCUUCCCAUGUGUUUUAAUUUCUCCCUCAAUGCCAGUUCAUCACUCAUGCCUUACUAGCUUACGCUACUUUAUCUCCCCUCAUAUAACAAGGGCUUCCUCCUGGUUGUUAGAAAUAUCUACUUCUUAUUACAUGAUGACCGUAGGAGAGAGCCCAGAAAUUAAAUUUUGGUUAAUAAUGUGUCUGAAAAAUCCCCACUCACUGCUGGACUCAUCCAGCCGGCUGUCCGAUUGGGGCUUACAUUUAGAGCUCUGGAGACAGUAAUCAUUCUAUACCCCACAGUGUUUCUACCACUGCCCCCCCCUCCAUCCCCAUAAUGUGUCGGCUGCAUGUGAUGUGUGCACUGGCUGUGUGUAAUGUGCGUGUUUAUGCUGGUUGGCUGUGUAUGUUGUGUGUAGUGCUUUGUGUUUUGUUACCGUUUUGCUUACCUUUCUACAGGGAGAGGGGCUAUGAUCGCACAGGGGCCAGCUAGAGUCCUGGUGGCAUACCCCUCCCAAGUGUCCCUAUUUAGAUGGGACAGUCUAUAUCCCUCUGUCCUUCUUUUCUAUUUUAAUGUUCCUCUUUUCUAGGAGCUCCAUAUUGUCGGAGUGUAUAACAGAACUUCUCAGCAAUAAUACUCCCAGUAAUGUGACUUUAAACUACAAUAAAUGUGUUUAGAAAUCACUGUUCUUUUUCUAAACUACAUUUUAGUUAAAUAAAUUGUUAUCAGUAAAUUGCCUUAAAUUUCCCAGCUCCGCCCCUGGCCAUACUUUACUCAGACCCAUAACAUUGAAGAAUCCCUCUUAGUUCUUUUAAGAUGUUGGGAGGUUUGUGGUGGUCCAGUGGAGGUUGAACUCCCUGGUCUUUCAGUGGAAGAGUGUUUGGUCUGCACCUCCACUGGUGAGACAUUUAGUGAUUGCUGAGUAUAUGUGGCAUUGUUGGCUGCUUGGCAAGGGGGCAUUGUGGGGGCAUUUCUCCUUCAGGACUCCAUAUAGUGAAAAAUGGGUCUAGCCAUUACACACAGAGAUAAUUAAGUGAUGGCUAAUAAAUCAAUUUUAUUUAUCUAGAAAUAUUGUUACUCGGUGAUUAGUUAUUCAAAUAUAGACAAAUAAAGAAUUUGUCAUAUUUUUCUCAUUAGUUUGAAAAGGAGCACAUGCAUAUGUUUAAAUCUUGCAUGUCUUGUGAUUUGGAGAGACUAGUUUCUAAGCUUAAUGCUCAAAUGAUUGUGCUAAUUCUUUGUUUCACUAUGUACAGAUAAACAUGCACAAACAGUUGCAGAAGAUACAGGAAUGAGGCCCUCAGAAUCAGCAAAAAUACCUUCUGCAGAAAAGAAAACAUAUGGAAACGCUUUCAACACAGGGACCCGAUUUCCAGUAAGAAAUAUAAAGAAAGAAGUAUUAGAGAAAUCACAAAAACUUACCACUGAAAACAAAUAUCAGAUAAAGACAGAUCACUAUACCUCAAGUGAGGUCUAG